AUGGAAGAUCCAGGGGAGAUCUCCGACGACUUGUACCACACUGCUUUGCAAGACGUGGCCGAUGUGCUCGGAGCGUUAUCCUUGGAAUGGUGGCCGUGCCGCGGGACCUUGAUCGCCUUGCUACGCCACGGGGCUCGGUCAGGCUCGCUCUCCCGCGGUUUGGUGGACGUUGUUGAGCGCGACAUCGACUUGAUGAUUGGUGUUUCCAGCGAGGCGGACUGGCAACCCACCGGCCGUGCCAUUGAAGCACAGCUGCUGAAGAAGGGCUGGGACCGGUGUUGGACCAAGUCCUCAGCCAAAUUUGGCAGCGACUGGCAGUUCGCUGCACGCAGGGAUCUUUUGUAUUGUGUCCGCACGCGUCCCGCAUACAUGAUGCUGGACGUGACCUCUUACAUCACCUCUGAAGAAGGCUAUGUUUAUGUGCAUCGGUUGUGUAAACCCGAUGGUGCAAGCGGUGCAAGCGGUGCAAGCGCUUGUCAUGUCCCCCGACUGGGGCCUUUGCAGGGCGCAGACGGCAGCCUGCCCAAAGCCGCCAUUUAUCCGCUGAAGCGGUGCCUGGCAAAGGACCAGGCAGUGCCUUGCCCGAGUCGGCCCUUGGAGACCAUCCAGGCGAUGCGCCACAGCGGCUUGGAGACGUCCUGCAUCGCGCUACCUGACACCAAAGGUCGCCAGGAUGAAGCGUCAAGGCACUUGGCAAGGGCAGGGCUUCAAGCUGAGGAUCUCCGAAUCCUGAAGGAGCGCUCUGCUGAAUUGGACCGCCGUGGCUUCCAGUCCAUGUCCCCAUACUUUGCCAACUGCACCAAAAGUCAAGGUCGCAUCAUGUCGCAUCAUGUCGCAUCAUGUCGCAUCAAGUCCUUAGAUGUUCCAUAG